AGUCACUCCGAGGGUUGGUCGAGGACGAGGUGAAGGCCAUCACGGCAGAAUGAAGGCCUUCCUUCCCAGACAGGCCAUCUCCUUUCUCAGAAAAUGGCGCUUCUCUUCUCAUCCCUCUAUUUACAGAAAUGCUCCUUCCAUUCAAACCCCCUUCUUCUCUUCCUCAUCUUCCCAUCUCAUUCUUCCUAUCCCCAAUCUUCCAACAUCUAUCUCCUUCUGCAGCUCUCUUCACUCUCUUCAACCUAACAACCUCAUCGAAGCCGAUGAUAAUGACGAAGACGACACCCCAAUGAAUGAAUUCCUAUCUCGUUUCGUUUGGAUUAUCCGUGGAAAGCUUUCUGAAACUUACCCCGACUGCAAUAAGGAAACCAUCGACAGUAUGCUCCUUAUCAUCAUCCAGAAGGUCGUUUCUGAGAUGGAGAGAGGUGGCCUUGAUGAAAUGCUUGAUUCCGCCACGAGGACUCAAUCACUUGAUUUCAGCCAGGAUCUCUGGAAGACCGUCUGGGAGGUCUGCAAUUCCGUCCUCGAUGACAUGAGAAAGGCGCACAAGAAGGAGGAAAUGAAGAAAUUCCUCCAAGCUGAAGACGUCAAGGACAUGUGCCACUUUGCCGGCGAUGUUGGCAUUCGAGGAGACAUGCUGAGAGAGCUCAGAUUCAAAUGGGCUCGAGAGAAAAUGGAGGAGAGCGAGUUUUAUCAGAGCCUGGAGCGCCUGCGUAAGGAAGCCCACCAAGGAGAGAAUGCAGAAAGUGAGGAUGCAGCCCAAGUCAUCAAUGACGACAGUUCAGUUACCACUGAAGAGAAUUCUAAGGCUGUUGCUCUCCCGCAGAGGCGGGGGAAGAUAAAGUACAAGAUCUACGGUCUUGAUUUAUCCAGCCCAAAGUGGGCUGAAGUGGCUGACAGAAUCCAUGAGGCUGAGAAGCUCAUCACUCCAGAAGAACCCAAGUUGAUUUCUGGGAAAUGCAAGAUGGUUACUGAGAGAAUUCUCACUUUGACAGAGGAAGAUGACCUGUUUCCACUUUUAGCAGAGUGGGUUGAACUUCUACAGCCGAGCAGGAUCGAUUGGCUUGCGUUGCUUGACAAAAUGAAAGAACACAAUAUAUUUUUAUACUUCAAGGUGGCUGAGUUUGUGUUGAAUGAGAAAUCUUUUAUGACUAACAUUCGAGACUACUCAAAACUGAUUGAUGCGCAUGCUAAGGAAAACCGUAGAGAAGAUGCUGAGAGAAUCCUUCAUAAAAUGACAGAAAAGGGUAUCGACACUGACAUCCUAACAUCCACCAUCUUAGUUCAUAUGUAUAGUAAGGCAGGCAAUCUUGACCGAGUGAAGGAUGCAUUCGAAAAGCUAAGGAGCCAAGGGUUUCAACCAGAUAUGAGAGCAUAUAAUUCGAUGAUAAUGGCUUAUGUGAAUGCUGGCCUACCAAAGUCUGGUGAAUCACUGAUGAGAGAAAUGGAAGCAAGGGAUAUCAAACCCUCCAAGGAAAUUUACAUGGAAUUGCUGAGAGCAUUUGCUCAACGUGGCCAUGUUGAUGGGGCACAGAGGAUAGUCAAUACAAUGCAGUUUGCUGGUUUUCAACCAACUCUGGAGUCAUGCACAUUGCUUGUUGAAGCUUAUGGACAAGCAGGUGAUCCAGAUCAAGCCAGAAACAAUUUUGACUACAUGAUAAAAGCUGGUCACAAGCCAGAUGAUAGGUCCACUGCCAGCAUGAUAGCAGCUUAUGAGAAGAAGAACCUUCUGGACAAAGCAUUGAAUCUGCUCUUGGACCUUGAGAAGGAUGGGUUUGAACCAGGAGUUGCUACAUACACUGUCUUGGUGGAUUGGUUGGGUAAGCUACAACUAGUUGAUGAAGCUGAACAGUUGCUGCAAAAGAUUGUUGAGAAGGGAGAGACUCCCUUCAAGAUUCAUGUAAGCCUUUGUGAUAUGUACUCGAGGGCUGGCACUGAAAAGAAAGCUCGUGAAGCACUUGGUAUACUGGAGUCCAAGAAAGAAUUAUUGAGAGCAGAUGAGUUUGAGCGGAUCAUAAAUGGUCUUCUAGCUGGUGGUCUUGUGCAGGAUGCGAGGAGGGUUCAUGAACUGAUGCAGGGGCAGGGUUUUGUUUCGUCUGAGCCCCUUAAAGUGGCACUCAUGGCCGCUCAAGCAAUCCCUCGGCAAAGGCCAAGAGCCAGGUAGGAAUUUAGGAACCCUGCCUUUGAGAGGAGCUACAUAAUUACUGAAACAGAUUGUAAGAUGGAUAACAUGCCUGCAUUAAGGAAGCUCUUGCCCUCAUCUUGCAUCUCAUGCUUUGUAAGUUUACCCAUAGUUCUAUUUCACAUGAGACUCACUGCUCUCCUUUUGUGUUAACUCCUUGCAUGGAAUACAAGGCGUAUGUUCUAGUGAGUUAAAAACUGUAAGUAAAGCUGGUUGUUUGCAGUUUAAAUCUCAAAGGGCACUCAAAUCACCCUUGUCAUCCUACAUUUAUGUGCCUGUGGGGUUCGACAAUAAUUCUUCUUCAUCACACAUGGCCAUUCUUUGUCCUUUUUAUGUGCAUGUAAUGCAUGAUGUUAGAGAGUA